AUGAUUGCUAGACCAAUGUUAUCGUCGGUGUUCCGACAAGCUGCCCGCCCAGCAACAUUUGCCUCUAAAUUCUCCGUCCCUCGAUUCUUUCCUCUCCCCUCCCGAAAUAUCUCGACAGAAGUUCGCAAGCAAAUUGAUCAAGUCGUUGGUUCAAAGCCUUGUGUACUUUUCAUGAAAGGUACACCAGAGCAACCAAUGUGUGGCUUCUCAAAGGCAACCAUUCAGAUCUUGAGUCUACAGGGUUUGGAUCCAGAUAAAUUCGCUGCUCUUAAUGUGCUAGAGGAUGAAGGUUUACGACAAGGAAUCAAAGAAUACUCGGAAUGGCCAACCAUACCUCAGCUCUAUGUCAACAAGGAAUUUGUAGGUGGAUGUGAUAUCUUGAUUGCAAUGCAUCAGAAUGGAGAAUUGGCCAAGGUGUUGAAGAAGAAUAAUGUUUUGGUUGACUUCGCAAACUUAUAA